AUGUCUGCUCCUUCGGCUCCUCCAAUCUUGGACUUUUCUUCAUUUUACGCUGGUGAUAGCGACGCAAAGUCCCAAUUGAUUGAGGAGAUUCGCAAAUGUUGUCAUUACAACGGCUUUUUCCAGAUCACCGGCCAUCGCGUGGCGGCGGACUUGCAGCGGCGUGUGAUGGAGUGCUCAAGGCGCUUUUUUGAUCUGCCGUUGGAAGAGAAAUUGCAGAUCGAUAAAAAUCGCAACACCUUCAACAGAGGCUAUGAACUUCUACGGUCGCAAAUGUUAGAAGUGGGCACCGGCCCUGAGUUAAAGGAAGGCCUGUACAUUGGCGAAGAGAUCCCCAAAGAUCAUCCAUACUAUCUGAAAAAGAAGUUGAACAGCGGCCCCAAUCAGUGGCCACAAACCGUCUCGGACAAGGAUGAAUUCCAGGAAACAACAAUGGAAUACUACCAUGCAGUUUUCGAGUUGGCCAAAGAUGUUUUGGGUGUUCUGGCUCAGACAUUGGGGGUCGAGUCGACCUUUUUCGACCCUCUCACGGAUGGGGCCGUCGCUACAAUGAGAUACCUGCAUUACCCGGCUCAACCAGAAGAUACAGACGAGAAGCUCAACCGUGGGAUCGGAGCUCAUACCGAUUUUGGAUGCAUCACUCUCCUGCUGCAGGAUGAGGUGGACGGGCUUCAAGUCUUGGACGCGCCCACGGGCCAAUGGCUUGAUGUCAAGCCAGUUCCGGGUGCCUACGUUGUGAACUUAGGCAAUCUCUUCAUGCGCAUGGCAAAUGACAAGUACAAAUCGAAUACCCAUCGUGUGAUCAACAAGUCAGGCCGCGAAAGAUAUUCGAUCCCCUUCUUCUUCAGCGGAAACCCUGAUUAUAUCUGCGAGUGUCUACCUAAUUGCCGUGAGGAGGGGGAGUCGCCCAAGUAUGGCCCGAUCACGGUGCAGGACAUGGUGACGGCUUCUUACAAGGAGAGUUAUGGCCGCGCCGAGAGUUACAAACAGGAAAUGAAGUCUCCGAAACCAGAGCUUCUGCCUACUUUGCCUACCGUCGCUGCUGCUAGUGCGUAG